GAAUUAAAACUUGAGUAACACAAGAAUGAAUUCUCACACAGGCGAUCAUAAAGGGGAGAUUAAAUUGGAAAUUGAUGAACUGAUCAAUCAAGAUCGAGUGGUCAUCUUCUCCAAAGAAAGUUGUCCUUACUGUGUCGAUGCCAAAAAUGUUUUUGAGGAGAUUGGGCAGACUUACCGUGAAGUGGACUUGAACACCUUAAGCCAGCCCAAAGAGGUGCAGGCCAUCCUGAAGGAAAUGACUGGAGCCAGCACGGUUCCAAGAGUCUUUGUUGAUGGGAAAUGCAUUGGUGGUGGGUCGGACACGGUCCAGUUGUUCAAAACCGGACGAUUGGAGGAAAUUCUGAAGUCAGAGUCCGUUCCACUAGGUGAAAGUGGUCGAGGAGAAAACCCUCGAUUUUGACUAUGUACAUAAUAUUCGGAAACAAGCAUAAAAUAUUAUGCAGAUGAAUGAAAUCCAAAUAGCUACAUAAUUCCCAACAUUGUCAUCAUCGAGGGUCUACAAAUUUUAAAUUCUUGUCAGAUAAAUUACUUAAAAUUACCAACUUAAAUUUCAAAUAUUGUUG